AGUCGAUUUGUUCCAUCUCAACAAGAUCGACUUUGGCGAUGAACGAGCUCAAGUACACGAUGCCGCCGCUGCAGUUUGCCCUCCACGGUGGUGUGCCCGCGCCGCUUCCGACGCCAAAAGCCAAGGUCAAAGCGUCGAGCCCCCGGUCGCCUAUCAAGAAGCGCAACGUGGGCGUGCCCAAGUUUCUCCGGUUCCUCUACGAAAUCCUCGAGAAGGAAGACCAAAGUGUCAUUUGCUGGUCGCACAAAGGCACGGCAUUCCAGAUCCGCAAGCCAGAUGCGCUCGCCACCAGCAUUCUGCCGCGUUAUUUCAAGCACAACAAAGUCUCGAGCUUUCAGCGUCAGCUCAACUACUUUGGCUUCAAAAAGUGGACCAAGACGCAGACGGUUGUGUGCACGUUUAGCCACCCGAACUUUGUGCAGCAUCGACCGGAUGCGAUCAAGCUCAUCAAGCGCAAGGACCGUGGGGUCGCUGAGACGGCGACUACCAACAGUACCCCCACCUCCACGAGCAACAACGCCAACAGCCACCACCACAACAGUCGGAUGCUUGUCGACGAGCUCCCACCGCCCUUUCCGAAAUCCGAGCGUCGCCAACAGUGGGCUCCGCACGCCACAUACGACCUCUACAUGCACGGAGACCUUCUUCAUGCGCAGACGAAUCUGCGCAAGCACAACGUCCAUCUGCCGCAUACGCCCGAGGUGUCGAGCGCUACCUCGUUUAGCACCGAGUGGGGCGAUGUCUUCUUGUACGGGCCGCCGACAGUCGAGCCAAGCCACGAUGCUGCUGCUGCGGGACCCUCGUCGUCGUACUUUGAUCUGUGGGACGACGACGGCUCCGCGGCGUCGUCGACGUACAUGGCCCAGAACACACCAGUUGUGCACGAGAUGCCGGCGCAUCUGGUCAUGAUCAAGCACGACGACAUGCUUCUCGACGCGUCGUUGGACCCGACGCGCUUUUGCCACGUGGCCGAGUUUUAGCCCCUUUUCAUGACAUUUCGGGACUUGUUUCCUCUCCUUUUCGCUGCUUUUGCUUGCACGUUCGUACCUACUCUCUCGUUCCAACGUAUUUAAUACUACCAUCUUUCGAUCCA